AUGAGCAUGGUCAACGACUAUUUGAUGUUCCGUCUCCUUAUGGAGGAAGACGAAUCGCGUAAGAGUCAACGUCGUCAGUCAGUUCAACCCCAUCUACUGCAGCAACAUCGCGGUUCAAUGCUUGUACCGCGAACGUCUAUUUCCGACGAGCCGUUCUGCUCACCGAUCGUGCCACAUAUACCGAUUCGACAACGACUAGCCACUAGGCGAUGCACAAGCGUGGACGUUGGAGAUGAACCACCAAUGGGCAUUCCGUACGCCACGUCGAUCUACGGCGGUCAGCGAAGACGACGUAUGAGCCUGCUGCAGACAUUGCGACAACAAAAUCGUCAACUAAACGACAGUGGCCUGGAGAUUCACCGUCCACGGACCGACAGUGAAAGCACAAAUCGAGAUACAAGUUCGCCGCCGAACAGAUCAUCACCGCCUCCUCCAUCGCCUUCGAAGAAGGGAUUCGCCGGUCUGAAAUCAAAGUAUGUAAUCCCUCCUUAG